AAUGAAAUAACAUGUUUUUUUCAGUGUCUAUAUUUUUGCCCUACAAAUGCGUGAGAAACCUGUUUGCCCAAGGGUUUAUUUUUUUUUAUUUACUUUAUAAAAAAUCGGAACAUUCAGGAAACAUUUGCACUUUUCUAGUAUGCUCUCUUCUCUGUCUCAUAAAGCCAGUGUGGCUGUUUAUUUUCUUGAUCAUAACGGAGUCACUGGUGCAAAUGAAGAAUCCUGCCGUUAGCACAGUAAAACAUGUCACCAGUGUUUUCUGGCCAACAGGUGGUGAGACCGUUACUGGGAGCGAGGUCCCACCCUUUUGACAAACACAGAAGACUGCCCGCUGCGGGAAACGAGGACACCUGCUGGAUGGAAGCUGCAAUCACAGGUCAAGUGCUUUUCCUCCCAUCUACAGAAUUGGAACCCUUUUUUAAAUUAUAUAUAUAUAGGGAAUGCUGUGUUUGUUGAGUGUAGAUAUGGGUGCGGUUUAGUCGAAGGUAAUUCUGCUUCAUUGUUGAGCUGCUGCCUCCAUCUGCUGCGUUUAGGCUCUUCCCAUCCGCCCUCCUCCCAGCCGCUGCCAGAGGGGUCAGCUCUUACAGCCUGAGCAGCAACUCACUACAGGAGGAGGUAAACACUGAACACACGUUGCGAUGGAAACUUCAGUGCUUUAAGAACAAACCGAGUGAAAAGUGUCCAGCUGCUGAGAGACUGGAACCAUGAUCGACCUCAGUCAUCUGACGGAGGAGGAGCAGGGGAUGAUCUUGACCGUGCUGCGGAGGGACGCCGAGCUCAAAAAGGCAGAGGAGGCCAGAAUAAGGAAACUGGAGGCCAUCCUGGAAAGGAACGCUCAGGCUGAAACCAAGUUGAAGUACCUGACAGGCGAGUGGUUUUAUGAAGCCAAAUCCCGCAGACACAGAGAUAAAAUCCACGGCUCGGAAAUCAUCCUGGCUUCCAUGAAGCAGAGGAAGCCAGCUGGAUCGGAGGGGUCUCUGAAGCUGGAACGGUUCAACACUCCCAGCAGCCAUGGUUCUGAUGUCGUGGUCCAACAAAGAGCUGCCAGCACUGUGGAAGCCGUGAAAGCACAGGAGAGCAACAGUGAUGCUGAGAUACAGACUGCAGUCAGUGCAGUCCAGUCUCCAAGAUCGCUGAGACACAACCCCUUCAACAGAGCUUCGCUGAUUGUCGUGGAGCCGGUUGAACAUGCCGACUUGAAGCUUCAAGAACACGACGUCUACGAGGGAGAGUCGGCGUCGUCACUACGGCUCCUCCCUUCAGAUGAGACCAGUCAAACGUCGAGCAGCUCCUUGACAUCACGGGGCUCGUCUUUGGGGUUGAAGCCGGUCCCCAAGAAGAGGACUUUCGUCUCUCGGCAGAACAGCCAGAUGGACGCCAACGAUCUGAGCUUGGACCCUCGCACAAGCUCGGCCGAAGUGGUCCCAGCGCCGCGAUUCAGCCGCAACCAGAUCUCCAGCGGGAGCUCCAACCAGUCGUACAAGAGGGGCAGCAUUGAAACACCUCACAAGAGCAUCUUAUCGUACUCAUCUUCUGAAACCUACAGCUCACUGUCUGAGAGCACGCAGCAGGUAGCAUCUCAGCAUCUACCCAAUUCCAGUCUGGAAAGAGCCGCCUCCCCCACAGCCAGUGAGAGACUCACUGGAGAAACCUCUCAGUUGAACAGUGACGCGGGCAAAGUCACUCCAAGAGGAAGUGCCACUCUGGACUACUUUCCUGCCGUCAGUGCUCAAGGCUCUGGCAGAGAAGUCAGCAGCAGCGUGACAUCAGCCCGACAGGAUGACAUCAGCUUGCCCCGCAGCAUUGUGGAUGUGCGUCCUCCGGUCUUGUAUGAUCUUAUCUACAUCGACAAAUCUGGUCAAAAAACACAGGAGAGGGCGAAUGAGGGAAAUGUCUUUAAAUUGUCCACUCAGACGUCAACUCCUGCUGCUGAUGAGGACGAUUCCAUUUCCAAGGUGUUGGACUGGUUCAACCGGAGCACUGACAGCAACGACUGGCUGGAGUGUGAAGACGGGCCGGAGAUCAGGAAGACCUCUCAAAAAGACGAGGAGAUGAAGUCCAGUCAAAGCGAGAAGUUGUCGAAUAAAGUUUCACCAGAGUCCAAGGCGACGGACAGAACUGCGAGUGAUGCAAGUGAAACCAAAGAAGAAGUGCUUCCUCACCUGAAGACCUUUGGGGAGAGCAACAACACUUAUCCCAAAGUAGAUAGCAGCACUUCGGUAUUGAGUGAUGAUGGACAGAAAUUGAUGAAGGAACCCAAUGGAGCAUCGGAUCUGCAUCCUAAAAAUGGCGCCGGGAGUGUUACAUCCAAUAUUAGCAUUGAAGAAGAAAAAGAAGUGCUGACAAUGCCGAAUAAAGCAGACCUUGUUGAUCAGGAGAUGCCAGCAAGUCAAAAAUACAAUCUUGACCAAACAAUUUCUAGAAGUCCUCGUCCCAGAACACCCACCUAUGCCAGUCCCAAUUCCCAUAGUCUCUCACUGGUGCCGGCAGAAGCGCUGUCUAACAGCAUUGGUCUCUCCAGGGAGGCGUCUCUGAAAGUGGUGGCAGAUGUUACGUCCCUGUCCCCAGAUCCUCAAACUAGGGAGAGUCUGGACUCCCCUGGGUCACUAAGCAACACAGAUGGCAAGCUGGGGUCAACCCCGUCCUCACUAAGACUGACAGAGACGUCCAGCCGAGACAAAACCUCCAGCCCUUAUCCGCAGAAACCAAACCUGGUUAGUCAAGAAACCACUGCUGAGAAAAUCAAGCAGCUGAAACAUUUCUGGUCCAUGCAAAGUGCUGACAAAUCGAGAGGUCGAGUUGAAGCUAAAUACAAUCGUGGCUCAACGAUGAAUAAAAGAUUCACAAAAUCUGAAUUUGACUUGAGCUUAGUCGGAGGGGUUUCUGGAACCGUUGUCAAGGACUCGCAGAGAAAUCAAUCGGAAUUCAACGUACCGCCUUUAAAUAGGAGAUUAGACAAACAGUCACAGCAUCUUGGCACGAGCCGCGAACAAUUCAACACCCUGAGAGAGUUCUGGGACGACACCUUGUCCGAUUCGAAAGGCUCCACUGACAAACCUAAAAGCCCCAAAAGGAAGGACCAAGUCAGCCCACACCUUUAUCGGAGAGAUUCAUUCAAGAAUAAAGCGCAGUUAUUCCCUGCGUCUCCUGUAAAAUCAACGCAGUUGAGUUCUGGCUCCAGGGCAGCAAGUGAGACCAAAAGUCACCAAGAUAUAGGGAGGGAGGAAAAAACCUUGAAAGCACCCAACGUUCGCUCACCAAAGAGCAGAAGAGACAGCUUCUCCAACUCCAGCAGCUCCAGAAUGCGGCGAGCCACCAGCAUGUUUGCGUUGAUCGCCCCAGAGGAAACCAGCCAAGGAGCAUUGAGGAUCGACGUGAGCCCAGUCCACUCUCAGAGCAGGAAACAGAACAAGUGGACCAACUCGGAGAAGGGCUCCAGGUUCACCAGCGAGGACUCGGAAGCCUCUGCUCCCCUGGCUCGAGCAUUUGUUCCGACAGACUACAGCCAUUACCUGGGCAUGGCUGACUUAAAUGCGAAAAUCGGAACCCUGGGAAGUGAAGCGUCAGGCAGCAGACCCGGGUCGGAGCUGGACCUGGGCGGGCCUGUGAGGUCCAGCACGCCAGUGAGUUCAGAGGAGCGUCACAGCAAGAAGGGCAGCAAGAUGAGUCCUCGUCAACUGUGGCGAAAGGGCAGCAGCUCGGACUCCACUGGUCACGAGUCCAUGAGCAGCACAUCUGGAUCCUGGUCCAACACGAGGAGCAUUUCCAACCGAGAAAACCGUGACGAUCCUUUACGCAAAGCACUACGUCGAGCGGCAGCACGACCCACAAACAUGACGAAGAGCAUGGAGGACUUGAUCGCGUCCCUGUCCCCGAGACAAAAAAGAAGACAUGAACAAGCUGCAGAGAAGAGGCGCACCAGUGAUGCCAUGCCUCUACCGCCAAUUCCCUCGCCGGUGUUGUCUGACCUGAAGAGCCUUAAGAAGAUGAGCAAAUCGGUUCCAUCGUGUUUGCAGAAGGAGGAUGAUGUGGAAGAGUCUAACUCUGCCUGUGAGGAGGAGGUGGUCUCCCCCUCCAUGUCUAACAUCACUAACUCCGCUAAAGUGACCUCUAAGCCGUCUCUGAGUGGAAGUGUGCUCACGAUGUACCCCGGCGAAUUUGGGAACGUGGAGGUUCAGGGAAACGUCCAGUUCUCCAUCAACUACGUGCAGAGGCUCAACGAGUUUCACAUAUUUGUGGCUGAGUGCAGGGACCUGGCCGCGGUCGACCCCAAAAGAGGUCGCUCAGAUCCAUAUGUGAAAACCUACCUGCACCCUGAUAGAUCAAACCUCGGAAAAAGGAAAACCUCAAUAAAAAAGAAGACACUGAAUCCUACGUUCAACGAGAUCCUGCGAUAUCGAGUUCACAUGGAGUAUCUGCGAACCCAGACGCUCAUUCUCUCCGUUUGGCAUCAUGACACAUUUGGCAGGAACAGCUUCCUGGGCGAGGUGGAUGUGGAUUUGUCCAAGUGGGACUUCGACCACACCCAUAUGAACUACAUGGCCCUCAAACCCAGAACAACACCCGCUACAGCGCCCUCUAAUGGCCGAGGGGAGAUGAGACUCGCCGUACGUUUCCUGCCACAAGUCGUACGCAGUGAAGAAGGUCCAAGCACCGGAGAGCUUCACAUUUGGGUAAAAGAAUGCAAGAACCUUCCUUUAGUUAGAGCCGCCAUUGACCCCUACGUGAAGUGCUUUGUGCUUCCGGACACAAGCAGGAAGAGUCGCCAGAAGACACGUGUGCUGAGGAGAACGGCGGACCCGGUCUUCAACCACACCAUGGUGUACGACGGGAUCCGAGAGGAAGACCUGACUGAAGCCUGCGUGGAGCUCACCGUCUGGGACCGGGACCGACUGGUGAACAACCUUCUCGGGGGGCUGAGGCUCGGAGCAGGAACUGGGAUGAGUUACGGAGCCGUGGUGGACUGGAUGGACUCGACACAGUAUGAAGUGUCGCUGUGGGAGCAAAUGGUGGCCACCCCGAACGAGUGGGUGGAGGACGUGCUGCCGCUUCGAAUGCUGAACACCAAAGCUGCUUUCAAAUAAGUUACCCAGCCACACUUUCAUACAGGAUCACUUUCAGUUCCAUUUGUUUUCUGCCAAUCUUUCACUAUUAGCAUAGUGCUUCGUAGCACACUUAAAUUUUAUAUGAAAAAGAAAAUGAUCAAAUUAAAGAAAAUAUUUUUUAAUUUAAUAGAUAGAAAAUAGGGCUCCAUUAAAUGCAAUAAAAUCAGAUCUUUCAUCCACUUAUUUUAUUUAUUCUAAUAUAUUCCCAAAUAUUACAACUAAUUUAGACACCGUCGAUUCUCCCAAAAUGAAAUUAUUUAAAGAAUUAAAUUAAAUCCGAUAUCUAAAAAAAAACAAGCUUCCAUCAACUAUACUCAUAAAAUAAAUACAAUUUUCAAAUUCCUGAUUUUUUUUUUCUUUUUUACUCUUAUGAAGGUCAUUUUCACCAUUAAAUAAACCUGACCUGAUGAGAUAUUAAAAUCAAGCCACCAUGUGACAAUGCUAAUAUUAAUACAGAAUCUGAAAAAUGAUUCUGCUCAGCUCAUAACUUGUAACUGUUAUUGGCCCAAUUUGGAGGGUUGGGGGCGCCAGAUUAUCGUCCCUGAAUGCUUGCUUGUUAUUUGUGUUUCCAGGAUUUAUCGACAAUAAACUUCCAGUCAUC